CUUCUCGCCCACCUAGCCACGUCGCUGACUGCCAUUGGCGGUUCGACCUACCUCCUUCGCAAACAACUCGACUACAACCUGGAAGAGCAAGAGGCGCGAUUCGAUGAGGUUGAGGGACUGUUGAGAGGACACAUCGGACUCAUUGAAGAAGCACUGGAGAGAUUGGAGAAGAAAGUCGGGUCUGGAGGCAUUCCGAAGGGAGGAUUGCAGAAUCGGGAGAUGUAUGAGCAGAGGGGGAAGGAUGAUAGGAAG